GCGGCGGCCGCGGCUGCUCCCGGGGCCGUCGCGGGCCGGAGCGGUGGGGCUGGGGGUGAAGGCUCGUGGCCAUGGAGUGGGCUUCGGAGUCGGCGGCCGUGAGGCGGCACCGCGUCGGCGGGGAGCGCCGGGACGGCCCGGCGGCCGCGCCCCAGCCCGGGAGGGAGGCCCUGGCGCCGGAGCCGCCGGCGGACGCGGGCGGCGGCGGCGGCGGCGCGAGGACGCGGAAGCGGAGCGCGGGGGGCUACGCGAGCCGGGGCGCGGGGACCGGACUGUCCGAGGCGCGCGCCGCGCUGGGGCUGGCGCUCUACCUGCUCGCGCUGCGGGCGCUCGUGCAGCUCUCGCUGCAGCAGCUCGUGCUGCGCGGGGCCGCCGGGCGCCCGGGGGAUUUCGACGCACGCCAAGCCAGGGAUUAUCUUGAACACAUCACAUCCAUUGGCCCCAGGACUACAGGAAGUCCAGAAAAUGAGAUUCUGACCGUCCAUUACCUCUUGGAACAGAUUAAACUGAUUGAAGUUCAAAGCAGCAGCCUUCACAGGAUUUCAGUAGAUGUCCAACGGCCCACCGGCUCCUUUAGCAUUGACUUCUUGGGGGGUUUUACAAGCUACUAUGACAACAUCACCAACGUCGUGGUAAAGCUGGAGCCCAGGGACGGGGCCCAGCAUGCUGUCCUGGCUAACUGUCAUUUUGACUCCGUGGCCAACUCCCCAGGUGCCAGCGAUGAUGCAGUGAGCUGCUCAGUGAUGCUGGAAGUGCUCCGUGUCUUGUCGACAUCUUCAGAAGCCCUGCGUCACGCUGUCAUAUUUCUCUUUAAUGGUGCCGAGGAAAACGUCUUGCAAGCCAGUCAUGGUUUCAUAACUCAGCACCCUUGGGCCAGCCUGAUUCGUGCAUUUAUUAACCUGGAGGCAGCGGGCGUGGGAGGGAAAGAGCUUGUGUUCCAAACAGGUCCUGAAAACCCGUGGCUGGUCCAGGCCUAUGUUUCUGCCGCUAAACACCCGUUUGCAUCAGUGGUGGCCCAGGAGGUUUUCCAGAGUGGGAUCAUUCCUUCAGACACCGACUUCCGCAUCUACAGGGAUUUUGGGAACAUACCAGGAAUUGACUUAGCUUUUAUUGAGAACGGAUACAUCUAUCACACCAAGUACGACACAGCAGACAGAAUUCUGACAGAUUCCAUUCAGAGAGCAGGUGACAACAUUUUAGCGGUUCUUAAAUAUCUAGCUACGUCGGAUGUGUUGCCUUCUUCUUCAAAGUAUCGCCAUGGACACAUGGUCUUCUUUGACGUGCUUGGCCUAUUUGUCAUUGCCUACCCCUCUCGCGUCGGCUCCAUAAUUAACUACAUGGUGGUGACGGCCGCAGUGUUGUACCUGGGCAAAAAAUGGUUGCGGCCCAAACAGAAGACUGGUAACUACACGAAGGACUUCUUCUGCGGGCUCGGCAUCACUCUCGUGAGCUGGUUCACCAGCCUGGUUACCGUGCUCAUUAUAGCGGUGUUCGUCUCUCUCAUCGGACGGUCUCUCUCGUGGUAUAACCACUUCUACGUGUCCGUCUGUCUGUAUGGAACCGCAGCCGCAGCCAAAAUAAUCCUCAUCCAUACCCUCGCAAAAAGAUUUUAUUACAUGAAUGCCAGCGACCGGUAUCUGGGAGAAGUGUUCUUUGACAUCUCGCUGUUUGUGCACUGUGUUUCCCUUACGGCUCUCACGUCUCAAGGACUUUGCUCGGCGUUUAUUAGUGCUGUCUGGGUGGCGUUUCCCUUGCUCACAAAGUUUUGCACGCGCAAAGACUUUAAGCAGCAUGGUGCCCAAGGAAAAUUUAUUGCCUUGUACCUCUCGGGGAUGUUUGUUCCUUAUCUUUACGCACUGUACCUCAUCUGGGCAGUAUUCGAGAUGUUUACCCCCAUCCUUGGGAGGAGUGGUACAGAAAUCCCACCUGACGUUGUGCUGGCUUCCAUUUUGGCUGGUUGUACGAUGAUCCUGUCUUCCUAUUUUAUUAACUUCAUCUACCUUGCCAGAAGCACGAAGAGAACCAUGCUGAGUUUAACUCUGGUGUGUGUGGUUACGUUUCUCCUCGUUUGCAGUGGGGCGUUUUUCCCAUACAGCUCGCAUCCCGCCAGUCCGAAGCCAAAGAGGGUGUUUCUGCAGCACAUGACUAGAACCUUUCAUGACCUGGAUGGAAACGUAGUCAAACGGGACUCUGGGAUCUGGAUCAAUGGGUUUGAUUACACUGGAAUGUCUCACAUAACACCUCAUAUUCCGGAGAUCAACGAGAGCAUCCGAGCUCACUGUGAGGAGAACGCACCCCUCUGUGGUUUCCCGUGGUACCUCCCGGUGCACUUUCUGAUCAGGAAAAACUGGUAUCUUCCUGCUCCAGAAGUUUCUCCAGGAAAUCCUGCUCAUUUCAGACUCGUGUCCAAAGAACAGACACCCUGGGAUUCUAUAAAGCUGACGUUUGAAGCAACAGGACCAAGCCACAUGUCGUUCUACAUUCGCACCCACGAAGGGUCAACGCUUUCUCAGUGGUCUCUUGGCAACGGCACCCCCGUCACCAGUAAAGGCGGGGACUACUUCGUAUUUUACUCCCACGGGCUCCAGGCCUCUGCGUGGCGGUUCUGGAUAGAAGUGCAGGUCUUGGAAGAACGGCCUGAAGGAAUGGUCACCGUGGCCAUUGCUGCCCACCACCUGUCUGGUGAAGAGAAGAGGUCCUCCCAGCUGGAUGCCCUGAAAGACAGGUUUCCAGACUGGACGUUUCCCUCAGCCUGGGUGUGCACGUACAGUCUCUUUGUGUUUUAAUCUUCUGGACGGGCUCAAAGCACAUGCCUGGCGGGAUACCCCUCGUGACGUGCUUUCUCCCUGCGUCACAUGGGUAUCUGUAAUGUAAGUCCAUGAUUUUUCAUGAGCACGUGUUCAGAUUGUAAGUCCGUGGUUUUUCAGAGCUUGGGGGCAGAUGCUCUUCAGGGCCACACACCUAGCGCUGUGGCUAGUGACGCAUGGCCUUUUUGACACUUGAAGACGCCAGUUUUCUGGCACUUAAGCACAUGUGGGUACUACCACUACACGUGGAAGUCCUUUUCUGUGACCUUAAGGAUUAAAGCCAACCAACCACUUCAGUAGUUCUCCCCUUAGAAUCAUGAAAGGUGUAGAGGGCACCGUGAGCCCGCUCACUGUUCACUAGACAAAUGACGUUUCCAGUCGAAGCUGUGGAGGGUAGCUCGGAUGCCGUUCCCCAGAGUGGUAACUCCCCUGCGAUGGAACCAGGGGUACAGAAGGCGGUUCCGGCAGGGGCUGGGGACGGGCAGUGGGCUCCGGGGGCCCCGGUCCGUGCCCAGAGCUCUGCUUCCUCCCCACCUGCUGCGCAGCCCAGCCCCGAGGUGGGGAGCUGUGCCGUGCUGGGGACUCGAGACCAUCGUUCUGAUGCUUGUCUGAGGCUGCUCUCGAGGCCCAGGAUACCCUGUUCCCCCCUCUCCACCUUGUCAGUCCGAGAGCAGCUGCAGUUCCUGCUGGGUUUUCGGAGGCUCUUCUGGUUCAGGACGUCGUGUGCGCAGUCACGCAUCUUCAGUUCUGUCCCCAGAGCAUGCAGUUGCCGUGGCAGGAAGAGAGUAAGGAGAGGCUGGGCAUUUUAUGAAUCUUCUCUUCUCCAAGGUUCAUGCUUCAGGGCAUAAUUGUAUUGACGCACGGAGUCCUUAUUCGGUCCGGAUAGUUGCUCAAAGGCUGUCCAGCGGAGCCGGCCUUGCUGGGCCUCGGGGCGGUGGCCCACGCCGGAGCGAGGCCACCGAACCUCUGGCCGCUGGGAUUCGGGCCCUGCGUCACGGCAGGCCCAAGACCCGGAGGUACUUUUCGUUUAGAAGGCGGCUGCCGAGGCGGGUGCCGGCGGGUCCCCCCGGCUCCGUGGCUGUGGCACUGCAGGGAUUUGGUCAGACGAGGGGUAGCUUCUGCUAGCUCUCCUUUUUCCCUGGAGAUUAGCAAGCAGAGGCCGAAAAGACAUCUUAAAGAAGAGCCCCGGUAAAACGAACAAAGCGUCCCUCCGCUCCUCCCGCACAGAGAACCCCACGUGUGCGUCGCAGGCCCGGUGACGCUGCUCCUACCCCUGCCGAGUCUGGUCUGUGACUCCCCGCACCCUGACUGGGCACCCCCUCACGGCACUGCUGGCUGGCACGUGUGUGGCUCCCGGGCCUCGUCGAAGCCGCGCGUUAGUCUCAGUGCUGCGAGAACCUGGCUCCUGCCAGAUUUCAAAAUAGGGGCGGAUUUUCUGUCCCUGUGGUUAAUCUUAGAUUACAUGGAAAAAAACAAAAUGCCGUAUUGAGGAAGGACAUUGUUACUUAACAAUUCUUUUCUCUUUGGGAAGGAGGUUGGUUACUCCCUUUUGCCAAUAAUCAUGAUUCUCUUUUUGCCUUUAGGUUAUUUUCCUUCGUAAACAGGAUCUCUUGUUUUGGUUUCCAAGUCACUUGUCUCAGGGCACAUUUAGUAUUUGGGCAGAUGGUUUUAGUGCCAGAAAUGGUUAGGUACAGAUGAUACUCGUGGCUCUGUUCAGUAAGCACACUGUCUGGUUUGUCAGCGAGCGGCCUCUGAGAUUAAAGAGCUUGUUUUCUUUGAGUAUCUGACCAUUCAAAACUCAUUUCUGAAAGGGUCUUUCCAGAUUCUAACCAACGCAUUCUUUCCUGUACAAUUUAAAUGUAAGUAGCCCAGUACUGUACAUUCAGUGAAAAUGUGAAGAGUUGUGAUUUUGAAGAAAUGCUUAAAAUUUACCUUGUGCCUGACCGAUGAGCGACUGUUGCAUGAAGUAUUUGUUCCCACAGUUUAGCUGAUAUAAAUGAGCAUGAGAGGAUUUCUAAGAUGUUACCACUGAAGGGGCCAUAGCCAGCUGAUAACUCAGGAAGCUGCAGGGAGAAUGUCUGUCUUCUCUUUUCACUGGUCGCUGACUUGAGAUUAAUUGUUGCCUUACAUUACUGAAAUAAACUUUUUAACAAACUAGUAUCUUUAACAGAAAAAACAGAUCUUUAUUGUUUUUCUGUGUCCCCAUCGUUGAAGGGUUAUUUCAAGUCUACAGGGCCUUUGAAAAGACCUAGAUGGCUCACGUGGACAGGACAGUUAUCCCUAAGGGGUCAUGUGGGCAGAGAGUUCAACAUGGAAAUGUUUAGCUUAGCAUAUUUUGUCAGUGAAAUACCGAGAAAAUCGCUGAAGGAUGUGGGGACGGGCAGAAGAGAUGGUCUUUCAGCCAGUGGCCCGCUACUCACUCUCCUCUCCACCCAAGGAAAGGGCCCGGCCACUCCCCGCAACAGAGCUCCCUGCGCAAGUUAUGUGGCUUUCUCGGUGAACUCCCUUGGAAACAAUGGGAGUAGGCUUCCUCAUCGUACACCUUGCCUCCUUUUAGGGCCAAUAAAGCCAAAAUGCAUUUAGGCCUCUGUA